AUGGAGAGAAAAACAAGUCUUCAAUUACACAAUUUUGAUGGAGAAAAUUGUACACUAGUUAAUUAUGCAGUUACUACUAUCAGAGGCUGGUUUGUUGAGUUAGCUCAUCCAUUUCCAUUAUGUCUUAUUUCUAGAAAAGAACCAGUCACAUGCACUGUUUUUAAAAUAUAUUACAAUAAAGAAAUGUUUAAACUCGUAUGUUGUCCUUUGUUUGUUGGUUUUUUCUCAAGAAAUAUAUGUCUUAGUAUUAACACAUUUUUGAUGUUCUCUAAAUACCUUGAUGACACUCCUACAAUGCAAACAUCAAAAAAAUAUUAUUUUGAUAAAAACUGUUUUGAAUUUAACUCAAAUCUUAUCAAUAUUCAACAAGGAAGAUAUAGCAAGUUCAUAUUUAAUGAAGAAGAUAAUGCUAUUUAUCCUAUAGAAAUUACAGACACACUUGAUGAAUCCAUUAAAAUAGCUUCUUAUGUUCUUCAUUCAUUGAGACAUAACUUUAGACCUCGUCAUGGUUAUAAGUAUGGGUAUGGAGAAGAAUCUCAUCAAUGGAAAAAUGGUACCUGUUUAUUAACUCCAAUGAUUGUAAGAAGAUUAUUAGAUGCAGCAAAAAAUGUAUUACAAAAAGAUAAUAAUGUUGUCCGUAUUCAACCACCAUGCUAUGUUGUUGGAGAUUUGCAUGGAAAUUAUCGUGACGUUUCAGCUCUGUGUCAAUUGUUUAGGUUGCUUCCAGCUACGUCAAUUUGUACUUGCAAGUAUUUGUUUCUUGGUGAUUAUGUUGAUAGGGGAACACAUCAAAUAGAAGUAAUUUGUUUAUUGUUGGCAUUAAAAAUUAUUGCACCAGACACAGUAUAUCUUUUAAGAGGAAAUCAUGAAGGAAGUCGAGUUAAUGGAUCUACACAAGUAUAUGGUAGAAUGUCUUUUCUUGCUCAGUGUUACAACACAUUUCAAAAGAAAGAUGGGUAUUCAUUAUGGAAUCAAUUCAACAUUAUUUUCCAAUACCUUCCUUUCUGUGGGGUUAUUGAUAAUAAACUCUUCUGUGUUCAUGGGGGAAUAGCUAGAGAGUUAUGUUCAGAAACAUUAAAUGCACUUGAAAUUAUAGAUUCAUUCCAAAGGCCAUGUAGUUGUGAAGACCCACUAAUUAGUGAGUUGUUAUGGUGUGACCCUGCUGACUCAAGCGAAGUGUUUAUGUUAAAUAAAAAAGGUGAUGAUGUUGGGUUUGGACCAAAUAAACGAGGAAAAGGAACUUACAUUUUUGGAGCUGAUGCUAUAGAAAAGUUUUUAAAAAAUUCUGGUUGUCGUUAUAUUAUUCGAGCUCACCAAUCUGAAGAAAUGGGGAUAGGUUUACGACAAAAAGCGCGUGUUGUAACUGUAUUUAGUUCUAGUCAUUAUUGUGGAUUAAAAAAUUGUGCUGCUGGGUUAUUAAUCAACAAUGGACUAAUGACUGCUAUAAUUAUUUCAGGGAAAGAUUAUGUCCGAGAAAAAAAGGAACCACUCUCGGUUUGGUCGAACAGUGAAUCAGAAUCAAUAUCUGAUUUUGUUCUAUCACCAACUUAA